AUGCUCCGCAAGCUCAGCACGGCAGCCCUUCGCCAUCGUGCUGUACGUGCAAGAGCGGCGAGGCUGACUAUCGCGGCGUCUACACCAUCAUCGCCAAGGUCAUGCUCUGUCGCGCAGACCCCGCGUUGCCUGGCUGGACUCAGUACGCAUCCUCGAAGCUAUGCGACCGUCAGAACAGCAGCACCGUACAAGCGCAAGCCACUGUUUGAUAAGAUCCUCAUCGCCAACAGAGGCGAGAUUGCCUGUCGCGUCAUACGUACCUGCAAGAGACUCGGCGUGCGCACCGUUGCGGUCUACUCGGACGCGGACAGCAAUGCGCUGCACGUACAAGAAGCAGACGAAGCCUAUCAUAUCGGAGCUUCUCCUCCGCUCGAGAGCUACUUGCGUAUCGACAAGAUCAUUGAAGUAUGUCGACGUUCAGGUGCUCAGGCUGUCCACCCUGGCUACGGUCUGCUUUCAGAGAAUGCUGGCUUUGCCGAAGCGUUGGCAGCAGCGGGGAUCGUCUUUAUAGGCCCUCCUGCCAGUGCCAUUCGGGCAAUGGGUAGCAAGUCGGAAUCAAAGAAAAUCAUGCUCGCCGCGGGCGUGCCUUGCGUGCCUGGCUACCACGGCGAAAAUCAGGAUAGCGCCUUCUUACAAGAUCAGGCGCAAGAGAUGGGAUAUCCUGUGUUGAUCAAAGCGACUAAAGGUGGAGGGGGCAAAGGCAUGAAGAUCGCCAUGUCUGCCUUGGAAUUCAACGCCCAGCUCGAGUCGGCAAAACGUGAAGCACUCAAAUCGUUCGAUGACGAUACAGUCCUACUCGAACGAUAUGUCAUCGAUCCCCGUCAUGUGGAAGUGCAAGUUUGCUCAGACUCGACGGGCAAACCAGGUGGAACAGUUCAUCUCUAUACGCGCGAUUGCUCAGUCCAGAGACGGCAUCAGAAGAUCAUCGAAGAAGCGCCUGCGCCCGGCUUGUCAGAGUCAUUACAGCAAGAAUUGGCAGAUAAAGCGAUUGCGGCUGUGGAAGCUGUGGGAUACAAAGGUGCAGGCACAGUCGAAUUUCUGCUCGAUUCGAAAACGCACGAGUUCUUCUUUAUGGAGGUCAACACACGUUUGCAAGUCGAACACUGCGUCAGCGAAGCCAUCACCGGUAUCGACCUGGUCGAGUGGCAGCUCGACGUAGCAGCGGGCAAUCCUCUACCCCUCAAACAAGAGCAAAUUCAAAAGAACGGUCAUGCUUUCGAAGCUCGCAUCUACGCCGAAAAGCCUCGUAACAAUUUUUUGCCCGACGCAGGACGUCUCAUUCAUCUCUCGCCACCUGUCUCGAGUCACAACGUCAGAAUCGAGAUUGGCGUGAGAGCGGGCGAUGAUAUCGGACUCUUCUACGACCCCAUGAUUGCCAAACUCAUUUGCCAUGGCCCGGAUCGUCAGGCUGCUCUACGGACUCUUCGACAGGGUCUUGCAGAGUUUCAUGUCAUCGGACCGUCUACCAAUAUCGAAUUCCUGCGUUCUUUGGCUGCUCAUCCCGAGUUCAUCGCAGAGCAAGUCCAGACGGGCUUCAUCCCGCAAUAUGCGCACGAUCUAUUCGCUCCGCCCUCUCUGCCUACAGCAGCCGAUCUAGCUCAAGCUGGCUUGUUCAAGUCGAUCGAGGCGUUGUCUUGGCUCAGUAUGAAUGACGUCGAUUCGCCCUGGUCCACACUUGCUGGAACACGCUUCUAUGGCGAUACGUAUGCUUAUCGCUCCGACUUUGUUAGUCAAAAUGAAGCUGUAUCCUCUGUAUCUGUCUCAGUAGGCUCGAAUGGCUUCGAUGUGCUCGUCAAGCCAACACAAAACGAAUCUACGGCCUACGAGCGCAUCCAAACCGAAGUCUCUGCUAGCAAUACAUUGUCGACUCGUUUGAAUGAUCAGACCCAUGUGACAAACGUCGUGGUCGAGACGCCUGCUUCGAGCGAUAAGCUAGAACGAUACCAUCUGUUCAACAAUGACGGCACAUCCUUUGCACUCGAUGAGCCGAUCCCAGCCUGGCGCGAGAAGCUCGAGUCUGCUCAGCCACUUGGCAUGGUAGGAAGUGCAAUCAAGGCGCCUAUGCCUUGCCGCGUUGUUUCUGUCUCUGCUGCACAAGGUCAGCAAGUCGGAGAAGGCGCUACACUGGUUGUCGUUGAGGCCAUGAAGACGGAGAUGACGCUACGCGCGCCUCGCUCUGGCAACACGAGUGAAAGCAGACUGCCCAGCAUAUCCGACAGAGCCAUCUACACUGUGAUGUCUCGUGCCGCCAUGCUGAGCAGCCUCGCUGGGAUGGAGAUAGUUUGUGUGCUUCUUGUCAGCCCAAGCGAACCAUCUGGUGCGUCUUCGUUGGUUCCUAAUUAG